AUGGCUGCGUUCAUUUUCGUCACUGUAUUUGCCAGAAAUGUCGAGAUGCUUUUUGUUGGUCAAAUUCUCAAUGGCUUUCCCUGGGGGUUCUUUUGCGUCAUUGGGUUGAUUUAUGCUUCCGAAGUUGCCCCAUUGCCUCUUCGUGGUUUCUUAUCGGCGUACGUUAUGAUGUGCUGGGCUACUGGUGAAAUCAUUGCUGCGGCGGUGUUGAAAGCUAUGCUUAACAACACUACUCAAUGGGCUUAUAGGUUGCUUUUUGCUAUACAAUGGGUCUGGAUACCUCCCAAUUUUAUUUUGACUUUACUUUGUCCUGAUUCACCCUACUGGCUCAUUCGUAAAGGAAGGGUAGAAGAUGCAGAAAAGUCAUUGAAGAGACUUUCAUCGAAGGCUGUUCACCCAAACAUUAAGCGGAAGUUGCAACUUUUAAUCGAUACCAAUGAAUUGGAAUUGAAACAAGCGUCUGAGUUCGAUGAUCGCUUCAAAGGUUGGAAAUCAUAUGUCGAGUGUUUCAAAGGUCCCAAUAGAAAGAGAACAGAAAUUGCUUGUAUGUCCCUUGCAGGGCAAGUUUUGGGAGGUAACAACUUUGCUUACUCUCCUUCAUACUUCUUCUCCCAGGUGGGAUUGAAUAGCACACAAACGUACAACUUGAAUUUAGGUAUCACUGGACUUGCGUGGGUUGGUAAUUUCGUUUCGUGGUUCGUUAUUGCAAAAGUUGGCAGACGAAAGAUCUACAUUACUGGUAUUUCCUUUAUGACUAUCUUUCUAUUACUAAUUGGAAUCUUACAGACUCCAGCAGACAAAAACCCACUGGUAGCAUGGGCACAAGUUGGUUGCAUCUUUGGAUGGGUUGUAUCAUUUGUCUUGACUCUUGCACCCUUAGCGUACACCAUUUUGGGCGAGGUCUCUAGUACCAGGUUAAGAUCCCAAUCGAUUGCAAUUGGAAGAAAUGCCUACACUCUCUGUCAGUUGACGGCUCAGGUGGUACAGCCAUAUUUCAUGAAUCCUGGUAAUUUGGGAUUGAAAGGAAGGACAGGUUUCAUAUGGUUCGGAACCAGCUUUCUUACUCUCAUAUGGGCAAUUUUCCGUCUACCAGAAACCAAAGACCGCACCUACGAGGAAUUGGAUAUCCUUUUUGAGAGAAAAGUUCCACUUACCAAGUUUGCUAGUUACAAACUUGAUAUUAAUGAUGAAAUGAAAUGUUGA